AUGAAGCUCGCCAUCGCCGCCUUCAUCUUCCAGGCCCUGACCUUCUCGGUCACCCACGCCUACCCCGUCACAGGCGACACCCUCAACUGCCGCUCCGGCCCUGGCACCAGCUACGCCGUGAAAAAGACCUACAAGAAGGGCGCCGACAUCAAGAUCAGCUGCCAGACCGAGGGCACCGACGUCAACGGCAACAGCAUCUGGGACAAGACCCAGGACGGGUGCUACGUGGCCGACUACUACGUGAAAACCGGCACCAACGGCUACGUGACCGACAAGUGCGGAUCGUCCGGCGGCGGCGGCGGCGGAGGUAGCAGCGACAAGAUCCCCGGCCCCAUCAAGAACGACUACCCCUACAAGGGCCAGUGCGGGCCCGUCGACAAGUGGAACUACUUCAAGUGCCAGUGCACGAGUUUUGUUGCGUGGCGCAUCAAUGAUCGGUUGGGCAUCAAGUUCACGAAUCGGUACAAGGGCAAGGCUUGGGGGAAUGCCUAUGAGUGGGACGAGGCGGCCCGCGCGUCAGGGGUGAAGAUUGAUAACAACCCUGUCCCUGGGUGCAUCGCGCAGACGAAUAAGGGGUCGGGGCAUGUCGCGUGGGUUGCGGCUGUUGGGAAGGAUACGGUUACCGUUGAGGAGUAUAACUACGCGGUUACAGAGGGGUAUGGGAAGAGGACUGUGCCGAAGAACACGUUCAACUACAUUCAUAUCAAGGCUUGA